AUGCCACUGUCCUUUGAGACCAACAUGAGAUUCAAAUUCCCAUUCGUGGCCAUAAGCUUGCAGCUUUCCAUGAUCAUUUUAUUUGGAUUUUUUGUUGGCUAUGAAAAUGAUUGGAAAUAUGUCCAGCAGAUCAAUGCCACCAGUCAGCCUGACAGAUUCCUUGAACUAUACCCUUUGUUCCAGGAUGUCCAUGUGAUGAUCUUCACUGGAUUUGGCUUCCUCAUGACCUUUCUGAAAAAAUAUGGCUUCAGCAGUGUGGGCAUCAACCUGAUGAUUGCUGCUCUGGGUCUGCAGUGGGGCACCUUCAUGCAGGGGAUAUUGCACCACCACAAGAAAUUUGAAAUUGGAAUCAAAAGCAUGAUAAACGCAGACUUCAGUACAGCCACAGUUUUGAUUUCCUUUGGAGCUGUCCUAGGCAAAACAAGCCCAGUGCAGAUGCUAAUCAUGGCGAUUUUAGAAAUCGCUGUCUUUGCAGCCAAUGAAUAUCUUGUUGGUGAGAUACUAGAGGCCACUGAUAUUGGAGCAUCAAUGAUCAUUCAUGCCUUUGGAGCUUAUUUUGGCUUGGCAGUAGCAGGUGUCUUAUAUCGGCCAGGUCCCAGGAGAAGGCAUGACAAUGAAACGUCUGUAUACUACUCUGACUUGUUUGCUAUGAUUGGCACACUUUUCCUUUGGAUGUUCUGGCCCAGUUUUAACUCUGCAAUUGCUGAUGCCGGAGACCACCAGUACAGGGCAAUUGUGAACACAUAUUUCUCCCUAGCUGCUUGUGUUCUCUUUGCCUUUGCAUUCUCCAGCCUUGUUGAGCAUCGUGGCAAACUUGAUAUGGUUCACAUUCAAAAUGCAACCCUUGCAGGAGGAGUAGCUGUAGGUACAUGUGCAGAUAUGGAAAUCCAACCCUUUGGUGCUAUGCUAAUUGGUAGCAUUGCUGGAAUUGUCUCUGUCCUUGGGUUCAAAUUUCUGACACCAAUUUUUGCUACCAAACUGCGGAUUCAUGAUACCUGUGGUGUUCAUAACUUACAUGGCUUACCUGGAGUGAUUGGGGGUAUUGCAAGCAUUGUAGCAGUAGCCUUGGGAGUCACUAAUAAGACCACUAUGGCCAAGCAGGCAGCUGCUCUGGGUACUUCCCUAGGAACGGCAAUUGUUGGAGGACUAUUAACUGGUUUAAUUCUAAAGAUACCCAUAUGGGGAGAACCACCUGACCAGAAUUGCUAUGAUGACUCUGUUUAUUGGGAGGUUCCUGAAGUAGAAGGAUAUAGCCAUUAUUUCCAUGACAAUGAUGACCACAGCCAACUGCAGCCAGAGGUCUAAAAACAAUUCUAUCUUCUCUCAUCAUCUGAUUUCCUCCCAGAAUGCUCUUUUUUAAAGCACUACCCAAAUAU